AUGCCUGUGAAAAAAACACUUCUUAAUAGCCGUAGUUUUGAUAUAUACCAGGAUAGAAAUAAGUAUUAUGAGGAUUUACGUCGUAAACGUAAUGAUGUAACUAUUGAGUUGCGAAAAACCUUACGAGAUGAACAGUUGAAAAAACAUAGAAAUAUAGUUUUAGAUGCCCAUGAUGAUGAAUUGGAAAUAAAACCUGAAGUUGAAUUGACAAUUGUUGAUAUCAAAGAAGGUUUAAAGAGUCAAACAUCAGCAGUAAAGAAAUUGAGUUGCUUAAAAUAUGCUCGUAAGAUGUUAAGUUCGAGAAAAUGUGCUCCCAUUGAUGACUUCAUUAAAGCUGGUAUUUUACCAAUGUUGAUGGAUUUCUUAACUCCAAAAUAUAACAAUGACACUGAUUUCCAAUAUGAAUGUGCUUGGAUAUUGACAAACGUUGCAUCAGGAUCAUCAGCGAACACCAUUUGUAUAGUUAAUGAGGGUGCAGUUCCUUUACUUAUAAAUUUGCUCAAAUCGCCAGAUAUACGUGUGAUGGAACAAGCUGUUUGGGCAUUAGGAAAUAUUGCGGGUGAUGGACCCCAACUUAGGGAUAUUGUAUUAUCAAACGGUAUUGUACCAAUUUUAAACAGGUUAUUAGAAACAACAGAACAAGUAACUGCACAACAGAACAUAGUAUGGACGCUAUCAAAUCUUUGUCGCAGCAAAACUCCUCCUCCAAAUUUUAAUUAUUUACUUCCAUCUAUUCCAUUGUUGGUUGGAAUGUUGAGUCAUAAUGAUUCUCAGGUUAUUUCUAAUGCUUGCUGGGCUUUAUCAUACUUGACUGAUGGGAGCAAUGAAAAAAUUCAAGUAAUUAUUGAAGCAGGUACAUUAAAGGCCAUUUUAAAAUAUUUAGAAGUUGAUGACACUACCAUACUUAUACCUGCGCUACGAGUAGUUGGCAAUAUUGUGUCUGGUAAUGAUAUACAAACAAAGCAUGCAUUGGAUCAUGGUAUACUUAAAUACCUUCAUAGUCUAUUAAAUCACAGGCGUAUUCCUGUUGUGAAAGAUGCUGCUUGGUUGUUAUCAAAUGUGAUGGCUGGUAGUGUAGAACAAAUUCAAGCAGCCAUUGAUCAUAAUCUAUUGCCAGUUUUGAUUCGAGCUCUACAACGUGGAGAUGUCAAAGUACAAAAAGAAGCUGCUUGGGCCAUAAACAAUCUAUUUAGUGGUGGUUCAGAUGCUCAGAAAUCUCAUCUGAUCGAUAUUGGAAUAUUGGAACCUUAUUGUGGCUUAUUAAUAUCUUCAGAUGAUAGAAUGGUAGAAAUUAUACUGGAAGGUCUUAAUCAAUUAUUGGAAAAAUCUGAAUGCACCCGAGGCAAGCUUUGUAUGUUAAUUGAGGAAGCAAGUGGAUUAGAUCACCUAGAAGCAUUGCAGAAUCAUUCUUCUCAAAAGAUUUAUGAGAUGUCAUUCAGUAUAGUUGAGAAAUAUUUUCAAGGAGAGGAUGAAACUCAAGAAUUUGACUUGGGAAUAAUUCCACACGAUAUGAGUUCGGGUAAUUUGUUCAGCAUUAAUCAUUGA